CACGGAUUGUGUGUGGUAAUCUUGAAAAUUUGAUGUUAAUUGCAAUCAUUAUCGAAACAUAGCCAAUAAAAUGGUAACAGCGAAAUAAAUAAAAGAUAGCUUUCAUUUUGAAAAAAGUGAGAGCUAAGCUAAGCCAUGGCAGAGAUGGAGAGGCUGAGCAGCAAGUGGACGGCCACAGCGGCCAGCAUAUGGAUCCAGAGCGCCGCCGGCUCUUCCUACGCCUUCAGCAUCUAUUCGUCGGCGCUCAAGUCCAGCCAGGGCUACGACCAAUCCACGCUCGACACGGUGUCCGUCUUCAAGGACAUAGGCGCCAACGCCGGCAUCCUAUCGGGGAUUUUAUACUCCGCCGUCGCACUCAAUCGUCGCCGCAUCGGUGGGCCCUGGGUGGUGCACGCGGCGGGGGCUAUCCAGUGCUUCUUGGGGUACUUCUUCUUGUGGGCUGCUGUGACCGGAUUGAUCGAGAGGCCGCCGGUCGCGGCUGUGUGCUUGUUCCUGUUCUUGGCCGCCCACGCUCAGACUUUCUACAACACCGCCAAUGUGGUCACCGGGGUCCACAACUUCUCUGAGUACGGUGGGACCAUCGUGGGCAUCAUGAAGGGAUUUCUUGGUCUUAGUUCAGCAAUACUAGUCCAAGUCUAUGACACAUUCUGCAAAGGCAAGCCCAGCACAUUCCUUCUUAUGCUGGCUUUGUUGCCUACAUCUGUCUCCAUCUUGUUCAUGCCUCUUGUGAGAAUCUAUGAAGCUCAUGGAGCUGAUACUGAUAAGAAGUACUUGAACGCUUUCUCUGCUUUUGCUCUGCUCAUAGCUGCUUAUCUCAUGGUCAUAAUCAUUUUGAGAAACAUCUUCAGUUUCACAUCAUGGGCUAAUAUUGCUACAUUCAUAGCACUUCUUGUGGUCUUAAUUACCUCACCCCUUGGAAUUGCAACCAAGGCCCAGAAAUUUGAGUCAAAUAGGCUUCCAGAGACACUUGAUCCUUUGCUAGAAAACCCUGAACCAAGAUUGGCAUCAUCAAAGUUCUCUGCAUCAGAGGAACCUGUAGAACAUGAACCUGAAAUGCUGGUAGAUCAUCUUGAAGAUAUGAAUCUACUGAGAGCUAUGGGUUCUGUUGAUUUUUGGUUGUUGUUUAUUGCCAUGAUUUGUGGAAUGGGGUCUGGAUUGGCCACAAUAAACAACAUGAGCCAAAUAGGCCAGUCCCUUGGUUACACAACAGUUGAGAUCAAUUCCUUUGUUUCUCUAUGGAGUAUAUGGAACUUUCUAGGCCGUUUCGGAGCCGGGUAUGUCUCAGAUUAUUUGCUGCAUACCAGAGGAUGGGCAAGGCCAUUGUUGAUGGCUUUUACUCUAGCAACCAUGGCUGCUGGCCACAUUGUAAUUUCAUCUGGUUUUUCUGGAAAUUUGUAUGUGGGUUCAAUCCUAGUUGGCAUUUGUUAUGGCUCACAGUGGUCACUGAUGCCCACAAUUACUUCUGAAAUCUUUGGGAUAAGACACAUGGGUACUAUUUUCAAUACAAUUGCCAUAGCCAGUCCUAUUGGUUCUUAUAUUUUCUCUGUAAGAGUGAUUGGGUACAUAUAUGAUAAAGAAGCUUCUGCAGAGGACUCCUGCAUUGGCACUCACUGCUUCAUGUUGUCUUUUCUGAUCAUGGCAUCUGUUGCUUUCUUUGGGUUUCUUAUUGCUCUUGGUUUGUUCUUUCGAACUAGGAGGUUCUACAGCUCGAUUGUGCUCAAAAGAUUGCGGCAUUCUCCAAGACAGUGAAUCAAAAUAUGACAACGUUGUGUAGAGGCCAAUAAGGCAAAUAUUAUUGUGGUUUGAGGUUGUGAUCUCUUGGCCUUCUGUUGUGAAUUUGUGAUCUGUUACAACUGUUGUAUGUGUACAAUUCUUUUACAUAUAUAAAAAAUGGUUUGUGUUCAAGAA